AUGGCAGAAGUGCUCGGUGUUGUCAGCAGCGCGAUUGCAGUCGCCGAGCUGGCGGGAAAAUUCGGCCUCAGCGUCAUGAAGCUGAAGCAGUUGUGGGACGAGAUCCAGGACAUCCCCGAAGAGAUGAACCGCAUCAUGAGACAGCUAGAGAUCCUGAAGCCCGUCCUGGCGGGGAUGGAGGCCGAUUUCGUGCAACAGCAGCGACACAAGGUCUACUCCAACAAUGCCACCAAUUUGUAUGCGAGCAUCGAAUACUGUCGAGACGCUGUCAAUGAUCUGGAGAGCUUGGCCGAGGACAUGCAGGCCAGGAUCAGCACUGCGAAGCGAUCGAGAAGGAACAUCACGAAGCUCAAGGUCUCGUUCAAGAAGGAGGACAUUCGGAAGUACCAGGAACGGAUCGGUUGGGCGUUGCACCUGAUCUCGCUGUCGCAGCACAGCUAUAUGAUGGCUUUUAUGAAGUCUCAGCCUGUAGUAGAACUGGUUCAAGAUUCGGGACCAAGUUCACUGGACACUGUUGUGGAUGACUCGCAAGAGGGGCAGACCGACACAAGCAAUUCCGAUCGGUUCGAAAUGAGACGCCCAAUGGGUUACGAGGUGGGCCCGAAGCCUCUUCCGUGGCAAAAGGCGCCUUUCUUCGGAGGCUUCACCUACAAGCAAUCUCAGAAUUCCUUUUUCCCAAAUAGCACCGGCAAGCUCAUUGAGACACAACUUCGACAUGAAUGCUUGCGCUAA